AUGGUCGGGAGGCAGACGCACCGAAUGGAAAGCGUGACGGUGGUGGACGACAGCCCGGGCUCCAGUCCGAGCUCCAGCCCGGCGGGCCGUGCGCCGCCGCAGGCCGGCGGCAGGGGGCGGCCGGCAGCGGCCAACGCCGCGCGGGAGAGGAGCCGCGUGCAGACGCUGAGGAACGCCUUCCUGGAACUGCAACGGACGCUGCCGUCGGUGCCUCCCGACACCAAGCUAUCCAAACUGGACGUGUUGAUACUGGCCACCACGUACAUUGCCCAUUUGACUCGAACUCUGCAAGAGGAAGGCGUCGAAGAAGGCGAAAGCACAAGACAGGCGGAGGCGUUACACUCGCUCAAAGGGCAAGGAUACCUGCACCCGGUCAAGAAAUGGCCGAUGAGAUCCAGACUGUACGUGGGAGCGAGCGGUCAUUUCCUCAACACUCCCUCCGAAUCUGAGAACCAAGGCCCAUCAUCAUCGUCUUCAUCAUCAUCCAGCUCCAAGUAA